AGUUGAGUUUAUUAAUUUUUUUAAUCAUUUUUACAUCAAAAUUACCAAAAUGUCUGUUUUCGAUACUUUAAACCCACUUGCACAAGUAACUCCGCGGUUUACUGAAGAACAGCUUGAAGAUAUGGUGCAAUGGUUUGAUGAAAAUGCAAAACCUUUACUAACAAUAAACGACGCUCCUGAACCAACAAACGUUGUAACUAUCGAACAAUUCGUAUCAUUUUUGGAAUUGAAGAAAUUCCAUAGAAGAAAUUUUAAAUAUCCGACUUAUUUCGAAAUUAUGACUGAAGCCGAAAAAUUGCAUGCUGGAGUCACUAGAAUGUUAACAAAGGAUCAAUUUAUUUACAUGUUGAACAUAUGGGUACAAGAAGCUGAUAUAAGACACGAAUUAGAACUUGCAUUUCAGGUAUUUGAUACAGAAAAGAGACACUAUUUAGAAGUCGACGAAAUCAGAGAAAUAGUGACGGCUUACGGUGAUGAACCAUACACGGAAGCUGAGGCAGUGGAAAUAUUGCGUGACGCCAAUGUUCGUGGGGAUGGACAUGUCUUCUAUUGGGACUUUUUAGAAAGCUUAUUCAAUUUAGCUCCAGAAUUGUACGGAUUAAAGACGGAUUAUUUGUAUGAAGAUCCCGAUGAAGACCCAUCUGUGCCCCCAGAGCCGGUCAUUGAACCUCCACCUCCACCACCACCGCCUCCCCCGCCUCCUCCACCUCCUCCACCAGCAAAAGGAAAAAAAAAGAAAAAAUGA